CAAACCUAACCUAAUUUUAAAACGUCAAAUAUGUCAGAAAUGUGUACCUCAAAACUUUUGGGGCCUUUAUCUUUCGAUAAUUCCCCCGAAUCUGAUGAAAUUAACAAAGAAUCUCCUUGUUUGUUAUGCGAGGAUCGUUUCAAUUUAAAAUUGGGGUUCAAAAUUUUUUUAAAACAUUGUUUCGAGGUUCAUAAUUUGGUCAUUGAGGAUGUUCAAAAUAUCGAUAAUUUACAUGAUUAUUUAAUGUAUUGGAAAGAAAGAUUUGUAUUAAAACCGUUUGAAAGUUUAGUUCCGUCCUUAAAAAUGGAAGAUACAGAUGAAAAAUAUUUUUUGUUAUCAACGUUAAUAAAGGAGGAUAAAGAAUUGAGGCAUAAAUUAAGGUUGAGUUAUGUUUUAAGUAUUCAAGAACGUGAAAGAACGGAUGUUAGUUUUAAAAGAAAUUGCAUGUUUUGUAAAUUAGAAUUGGAAGGAUUGCGAAGUGAUUAUUUAAAACAUUUAUCGAUGAAACAUAAUUUAACAUUGGGAAAUCCGCAAAAUUUGGUAUUCGUGGAUGAGUUGCUCGAUUUAAUUGAGAAAAAAUUAAAUGAAUUUAUUUGUAUUUAUUGUGAGGGGAGAUUUCCCGAUAGAAUUAUUUUAAAAGAACAUAUGAGGAAGAAAAUGCAUAAAUGUGUUAAUCCGUUGAAUAAAAAUUAUGAUAAAUUUUAUAUAGUUAAUUAUUUAGAGAUAAAUAAAUCAAAAAGGGAUGAAAAAGAUGAUAAUUACGCUUUAGAAAGGGAUGAGAAUUCCGAUAAUGAAUACUCAGAUUGGAAUGAAAAAGAUUAUCAAAUUUUCUGCUUAUUUUGCGCGUAUAAAAACCCAAAAAUUGAUGAAUUACGGUUGCAUAUGAAAAAUGAUCAUAGCUUUGACUUUAAUGAGAUAACAGGAAAAUUGGAUUUUUAUCAAAAAGUCAAAUUGGUUAAUUAUAUUCGAAGGCAAAUGGUUCAUUUUAAUUGCGUUUUUUGUAAUCAACAUUUCAAUCAUGAUCAUGAAAAUAAAUUGCAUAUGAAUCAAGAGGAACAUGUUAAAAUACCCGAAAUUAAUGUUUUUGAUCAACCUGAAUAUUUUUUUCCUACUUAUGAAAAUGAUACUUUAUUGUACUAUUUGGAGGAUAUUGAAAGUUAACUAAUAAUAAUUAGUUGAUAAUUAAUCAACCAAAAUAAGGAAUUAAAUUAUUAAUGUUAAAAAAAAUGAUAAUAAAAUAAUUAUA